AAUUCCAAGGCUGCUGGCUCUCAGCCCAUUGGGAAACGCCUCUUUACCGCUCUAUAAAUGUUUGAAGUGGGCCCAAGGGUGCACUUGUGUGGCUCAGCUGCUCCCCAAGUCGUGCGAUUCCAGCCCUGCCACUAUGAGGUUUCAAGUCCUCUGCAGCCUGCUCUGCCUCUUGCUUCUCUGCUUCUCCGUCUUCUCCGUGGAAGGAAGAAAGCAUCCUAGGCGUCCGUCCAAGUCCUCAAGAAUCAGCUGCUGCCCCAGGGUUGCUGGCCCUGUCGCAGGGACCCAGAAAGGACGCAUUAUGAAGAUCUGUAGACCUUGCAAGUUGAAACCACAACCCCGCCGUUGGGUGGUACCUGGGGCACUCCCACAGGUGUGAUGUUAGCAAAACAAGGCUUCAGACAGCUGAAAUACCCCUACUUGGUAUCCCAGGAUCCCAGAAACCUUGAUUUCCUCCCAGGAUGCUCCUCACCAAAGCUGAAUCUGAUGUCAAAGUUCCUGAGAGCUGUGACCACAAAGAAAACCACAAGUUUCCUCCACUAAGGACAUCAUCUUCCUUUGUUGCACAUUGGGAUGGGCUAAUGUCCUUGCUAGCUCUUAGAAGAGCUGACCAAACUCUUCAGCAAACUUAAACCUGGAUUCAGAUGGCAAAGCCUUAGAAUGCCUGCCUGCCUUGCUCUAGUGGCCUUGGACAAAUAUUCAAGUUUCUCUGGGUUCCAUGUUGGCUUCAGAAAUUUAAAAUCCAGUAAGAAAAAAAUGUUCAAGGGAAAGCCCUUCAAUCAUAGGCUCCAACAUAGUUCACUCCACCCUUUAGUCCAGGGUGGUGCACUGUUGGAGGGCUCGCCUCAGGCAGCAAGGGCUCAAGGAAAGUUCUGGAACUCUAGAUCUUGGUCCUAAUCAUGCCACCAACCUUUAGAGGUUUUUAGCACUAGACCCAACCUGAGUUUUCUGAGAGUUAGGAUUCCAUCGUGAACUAUUGCAGCGAUAAAUCCAGGUAUUUCUGAGACCACUCAAAAGGAUAGGUGCAGAGUAUCAAAUGCCCAAGAGCAACUGGCUGUCGAGGAUGACGGAAGCUGGGCUCUGAGACACACCUAGCCCUUUAACUAUGCUACCUGGGGAGCUCUGAAAG